AAUGAAAUGACGCAGAAGCUUAAUUUAGUGGAAAAGUAUAUAUAUUUCACAAAAUGAAAUGUGAUUGUUUGGAAGCUGGAAAAGAAGAGAAUCGAUUUUGGCGAAACUCGGGUUUUGUUGUUGUCUCACAAUGAGAGACGUUUGUAGAAACUUUCAGCGAGGAAGUUGUCAAUAUGGAGAAAGGUGUAAGUUUCUACAUGCUGUUCAAACACAGAGAAAACCUAAUCAUUCUUACCAGCACCAAAAUACCAAUAACCCUUUUGGGUUUGGCUCUAAGUCUGCAUCUGCCUCUGCCUCCCAGCAAAGGACCAACCCUUUUGGUUUUGGCUCGCAGAACAGCUCCUACUCAAAUGCCCCAUCUCAUUCCGACUUCAAGCCCAACCAAUUCAAGCCUUUUGAAAACAAAUGGAGUCGAUCUUCAUCCCAACCCCAGACUGGUGCUUCACGUCAAUCUGAUAACAAUUCCCAAUCAGUGAAUCAUAAAUGCACAGAUCCUGAGAUCUGCAAGCGCCAGAUUGCGGAAGACUUUGAGAACGAGAAACCGCUUUGGAUACUUACAUGCUACACUCAUAGCAGAGGUGCUCCUUGUGACAUUGUUGGUGACAUUAGUUAUGAAGAACUGCGAGCAGCCGCUUAUGAGGAUGCUAAGAAGGGGAUGAGCUUGCAAUCAAUAGUUGAGAAAGAGAGAAAUAUUCUAAAAUCCAAGUUGAUUGAAUUUGAGAAACUGCGUUCUGAACCCUACAACAUUCCACUCGAUUUAUCUCUUGACAUUCAAAAUCACCAAUCUAAUGUAGCCCAUGCAAAUCCAUUUUCACCAACUACUCAAAAUAGCGGUCCUUUGUCAGUCUCAAGCUUUAGCCAACUGGGUGCUUCAUUGAACGCGGGUUUUGAAAGGACCUCUGCACCACAAAUGAACACUUUGGCACAGCCUAAUUCCUUUGGAAGUGGAGGAAACUUUUUGACAUCCAACACACCAAAUCUAUUUGGUAGUAGCAUCUCAGGUGUUCAAAGCAGCCCCUUUUCUGCACCAGCGCAGGUGACAAUGUUUCCGGGUUCAAUGUCCCAGCCCCAGCAAUCACCUGUUGCCUUCAAUGGCUCUAGCUCCACUACAAUGUUUCAGACAACAUCAGAUGUUCAGUUAAAUAAGUCCCAAGUGGAGAAUGUGUCCGGAGAUAACAGUAUUUGGUUAAAAGAGAAAUGGAAUCCUGGAGAGAUUCCUGAAGAAGCUCCUCCAGAUGCAUUUGUUCGGUAGACUUCUGUGUAUUGGCAAGGUCCUUUCAUGGUUGAAUCAUAGAAAUCCAUAGCAUAUUAGAUCACUUGGUUUUAUGGAAGUUGUCUGGAUAGUUUUAUAUCAACUGGUGAUAGAACAGAAAUGAGGCCGCAAAAGUAAAGCCUUGAAUGAGUUCUUACACCCUGUAACGAAAUCUUUUAAUACCUUCUUGGAGUCAAUAUGACAAGAUGAGUUCUUGUUGCGCUAUCACUAGAUUUUUUGAUACCGAUUUCAAUACUCAUGUAUCUUUUUCACCCUUUAAAAAUGAAUCUUAGCUGCAAUACAUUGGUUGCCCUUUGCCUUGUAACAUUAUGCUUUGCAAGAAAGAGAAAAUCCAUCUAAUUUUGGGAA